AUGAUAGUGCAAUGUUCGGAUGAAAGAUUCAAGCACAUUGAAGCCAUAUGUGCAUCCGAGGUCUCGCCACUCAGUCAAAACCUUUCACCACUACUGAAAGCUCCUAUUUCUGUGACAUCUGUCUCAAGAUUUAAGAAUGAGAUUAAACUUGUCCGUCCGGGUGAUGAAGCAUCGAAAUGUCUCGAAUUUACGACCUUGUAUGAUAGCAAGCGUCCUUUACUAUUCAAGGCAUUCCUCGACCAGUUCAUGCCUGGUGAGUCAUGUCGAGGGCUACUGACCGUGCCAGUGAGAUCAUUUACCUCUACUGCUGUUUUUACUGAAUCAAUCGAGGGACGGGAGGCCCUGUGUUUUUGUAUUGAGUGGAAAAGUCUCCAAGACCGCGCGGCUGUCUUUGAGGACUCUUCCUUGAGAGAGUCAAUGAAGUUUGACCAGAGUGAAACAAGAGCCGUCUUUUGUCAGACGCUAGGCAAGGUAGAGGAGAAACUGACAUGGGAAGAGGAUCUGCAGGCUUACAUGGCCAGUUCAGGGGCUAAAAAAAUUCAGAGUCGUUUUGUGACAGCCACACUGGUGACUGAUGAAUACUUAGGGAUGAGAAAGGGAAAUGGACUAUGUAUGAUAAUGUAG